CACUCUCUAAUACCCCCCUCCUCUCAUCCCCAGUUGUUGCGCCAAACACCAAUCUUACAUAUAACCCAUUAUUUCUUGUAAAAUCUUAGUUUGUGAAAGCAGAUGAGCAAAGCGGUACACCCAAAUGCCGCCUCACGAUGGUUACGAUCGCCCAUCGCGGCGGAAUAGAGGCCCGGUUGGACAUUGGAUGCCCCUGAUUUUGACCGUAGCCGUCGCGACGAUUGGAUUCGCAACGUGGGUUUGGAGCGAAAGGGACGAUGACGACGAAGAUAAAGAUGACCACCGAAGACGCAGAGAUGGACGCAGAGAUGAUUAUCGCGACCCCCAAGGACCUCCUCCGACAUACACUGACCCACGAUCCGGAGAGCAAGGCUAUGGCGCACCUCCAAGACACGCUGAUGAGCCAUCGAGCUACGUAGCUCGUGCAUUAAAGCGUACGCCCAGCCCGCAGCAAUUCCUCGAGGGCGCCAGUCGAACUGUCUCAGCCGGCAUAACCGCGGCUGGCGCGGCGGUUGGAAACGCUCUGUCGUCGAUCAGAGAGGAGGACAAGAACGCUUAUAAGGAUCACAAAACAUGGUCAGAGGAAGCUGAGGCGCGAGGAGCUGGAGCUGGCCCGGCUGUACAAACCAAAUCGGUCGCGGCAGCCGGAAAGGGGGCAUCCAACAACGGAAAGAAGAUCAAGGUCGCUGUCGUGGUGUCUGCAGAUGCGGAUUUGGACGGUGUCGAUGAUGGUCUGGACUACAGUCAAACGCAUGCAUCUAUCCUCUCCUACCUGCCACACAGCACCGACUUCUCACAAAUCCAGCUCUUCGUUCUAAUCUUCUCGCCUGAUCUUAAGCACCAUCCUCUAGAUGCUGCCGCAGCAAAGCCUGCGGGGUCUCUCGGUUCCUCGUACUCCAACAUUGAUCCCGACCAGGCUCUGACACCCGCCGAGGAGGGCGAAAAGGCCACUGAGCUCGAUCCAGACACUCCUGCAUUCAACGCGCUGUGGACAGAGGCCGAAGAUGUUGUCGAGAAGAAGACGAUGAUUUUCCCGUUCACAACGCAAGGCGGACAUGUUCAUAUCCUCCGUCACCUUGCCCCCGAUGUCAUCUACUUACAGGAGGCAUUGAGCGGAAAGGAGGGAGAUGUGAUCACACACCUCCAAACAUGGCUACGUGGUGAUGUUGUGGUCGUUGUUGGAGGAGACCAUGGUGUUGGCGGCCUCGCCGAUAGUGAGUCGGAAGCGGAGCAAGCUACCCCAGAACAGAAGGUAGAGAAAUGGUGGGAGAAGGAGGAGCGUGUUGGAAGGGGCCGUCACGUCUUUGUCGUAGAGAACCUCCGGGUUGGAGAUGACUGGUCAAGACGGAUUGAAGGCAAAGACUGAACUUGAACUGGAACUGUUAUGUUUGUAUGAUAUUUAGCCACAGCAAGGCAGUAUUUCUCUGAUAACGGAAUUUGGGCGCAUGGGAAGCUAUUAAACUACAGUAUAGCUUACAGUAGUUUUGGGCUAGAGUAGUUAAAUUACUCUAGUUAAAAUAACCAAAGUAGGCUAGUUAUAGUAGAUAUAGUAGUUAUGGCAGUUAUGGGCAGUUAUGGUAGUCACAGUCGUAGUCAUAAAAUAUCACGUGGC